AUGCGGACAUGUUCAGGACUGUUCAUAAGACGUGCAGAGAGUGUGCCGGAGCGCCCCGCACACAGCCACGCCAAAAGGAGGAGAACCGGACCUGCCGAGAGCUCAGUGGAGCCAGAGCUGGGUCCUGGUGCCACACACCAGUGCCUGAGCACACACCAGUGCCCAAACACACACUUCCCCUCCUCCCCUAUAAGUUCAUUAAAGUUCUGUUACGGCGCGCAGCCAGGCUCCGAGCCGAGGGCGCAGCCAUUAAAAACAUGGACAAUAAAAAAAGUGAAAAUAAUGGGACAGAAUGUGGCUGGGCUGAUGCACGUGUCGCCACAAGAGGGCGUCAGUGCUCCACAGCAGGCAGCCUCUCUCUCUGUCACAGGCGGAGUAGGCCCUGCUGCAAUGCAGCCCAGCGUGUUGGUACGCUCUGGGUCUGCAAAUCUAACGCCACUCGGCCCAUUAGCGGACAAAGCACCGCAGUGGAGGAUGUGUCGGGCAUCGGACUGGGUAAUGAAGACUGUAAUCAGAGGUUACAGACUCCAGUUUGCCUCCACCCCACCCCGUUUCAACGGGAUACUGCAGUCGCAGGCCCGGGGAGACAGGGCUCGUGUUUUGCAGGAGGAAAUCUCCACCCUGCAGAACAAGGGCGCAAUUCAGCUUGUGCCACCAGAGCAAAGCCAGAGCGGCUUUUAUUCGAGAUAUUUUCUCGUCCCGAAAAAGGACGGGGGUCUGCGGCCGAUACUAGAUUUGCGUGCUCUGAACAGAUACUUAAGACAGUACACGUUCAGGAUGCUGACACACGCAGCUCUAAUACGGUGUAUACGUCCAGGAGACUGGUUCGUCUCCAUAGACUUAAAGGACGCUUAUUUUCACGUCCCUAUUUACCCCCCUCACAGAAAAUACCUCAGAUUUUCCUUCCAAGGGAAAUGUUACGAAUACCUGGUGCUCCCGUUCGGUCUUUCUCUAAGUCCACGGGUUUUUGUAAAAUGCGCCGAGGCUGCCAUCGCUCCCCUGAGGGAGAGGGGGCUGCGCCUGGCGACGUACAUAGACGAUUGGCUUCUUGCAGCACAAUCUCAGGAGGAGGUUCAGGCGCACAUCAGGGUGCUAACUUCACACCUGGCUGCUCUGGGCUUCACAAUAAAUUGGGAAAAGAGCGUUUUGUCCCCAACUCAGGACAUCACAUUCAUAGGCUUGUCCCUAAACUCAGUCGAGUUCCGGGCACGUCUCUCUGUGGAAAGGGUGAAAGCUCUUCGGGCUUGUCUGGCACUUUUCCGCAGGGGGGCGUGGCUGAAAUUCAGACUAUGUCUGAGACUGCUUGGGCUGAUGGCAUCGGCGCUGGUGGUGAUCCCAUUCGGCCGUCUGCACAUGCGCCCGUUCCAGCGAUGGGUUGCGUCACUCAAACUGAGUCCGACGCGUCACGGUCACUGCCGCGUCCUGAUCUCGCUGGCAUGCGUCCAGGCUCUGCGUCCUUGGAAACGCACGGCAUUCCUGACCACGGGCGUUCCCAUGGGGACCGUGUUAACCAGGAAGGUUGUCACUACGGAUGCCUCCAUGUCAGGAUGGGGUGCCACACACGAAGGCAGGACAGUGAACGGUUUAUGGAGUUCGCAGAUGCAAUCGGUUCACAUAAACUGCCUGGAACUCCUGGCGGUCUCUUUGGCGUUGAGACAUUUUUUGCCUCUUCUGAGAGGACAACAUGUUCUGGUCAGGACCGACAACACCACAGUGGUGGCGUAUAUCAACAGACAAGGUGGUCUGCGCUCACGUCAUCUGCACACGUUGGCACACAGGCUGGUAAUAUGGAGCAGCUCUCGCCUGUUAUCGCUGAGAGCUACUCAUGUGCCGGGCAUUUUGAACCGGGGGGCAGACCUGCUGUCCAGAGGCCACCCUCGCUACAAGGAUUGGAAACUCCACAGCGAGGUAGUGACCCUGAUAUGGGACAAAUAUGGCCGAGCAGAGAUCGACCUCUUUGCGUCGAGGGAAAACGCUCAGUGCCCAAUGUUCUACUCUCUGACCGAUCAGAGCGCUCCACUGGGUUUGGAUGCGUUAGCGCACGAAUGGCCACGCCUCCUUCUAUACGCGUUUCCUCCGCUGGAGCUGAUCAUUCCCACUCUGGCCAGGGUGCGGGAGGGGGGUCACUCCCUCAUCCUGAUAGCACCCCGGUGGCCUGGGAAACACUGGCUGGCAGAAAUCUUUCAGCUGCUUUGCAGCCAGCCGUGGCCUCUACCUCCACGCAGAGAUCUUCUGUCACAGGCGCGCGGGGAGAUUUUCCACCCUCACCCGGAGCGCAUGGCUUUGUGGGCUUGGCCCGUGAGAGGUUGAACUUGGUCACCUCCGGGCUCCCACAGAACGUUAUUAACACCAUUCAAAGCGCCAGAUCCUCCUCCACCCGCAGCGCAUAUGA